UAAUUACCAAAUUACCCCUGGAGAAAGAUUUCAAUUCCCUUCUCGCCGCAGCCUUCACUUUGAUCUUCAGAUUGCAGUUCACCGCGCGCAGAGCUCGUUCCAUUUACUCUGAUUUUCACUCCACGGUUUUACUCUCUCUCUCUCUGAGGUUAAAUUUGGGAAUGGGCAAUGAGGAAUUGACUGAGCAGGAAACUGCUCUGUACGAUCGCCAAAUUAGGGUUUGGGGCGUUGAUGCUCAACGAAGACUGAGCAAAUCUCAUAUACUAGUUAGUGGACUCAGAGGCACUGUUGUUGAGUUUUGCAAGAACAUUGUUCUAGCAGGAGUAGGUAGUUUAACUUUGAAUGAUGAUCGUCCGGAGUUCAAUCCUAUGGUUCGAGUUUCUGUACAAAAAGGGGAUUUGUCAAGCUUUGGCAUAAACUUCUUUGACCAGUUUGAUGUUGUAGUUGUCAGUUGUUGCACCCUCUCAACAAAAAAAUCAGUUAAUGAAAAAUGCCACAAGUUGUCGAAGCGUGUUGCAUAUUAUACAGUAGAUUGUAGAGACUCCUGUGGUGAAAUAUUUGUUGAUUUACAGAACUACACUUAUUCCAAGAAAAAACUUCAAGAAACAAUUGAAUGUCUACUACAGUAUCCCACUUUUGAGGAUGCAAUUGCAAUACCAUGGAGAUCUCUUCCGAAGAGGUUGUCAAAGCUUUACUUUGCUAUGAGAGGUACUACAAGUUAUUCAGCUGUUUUGUCAUCUUUAUUCUCAGAGUGGGGUCUUGUGCUUCUAAGGGGAAGCUGGAAAGUCCUCUUAGGUAGGGACAAACAUAAUGCUUUCCACAAUUCCAGACAUCAGAAGUACAAAAAUCUAUUGAUUUGGUAUUUCUUUCUCCUCCUUUAUCUUAUGCCAGAUUCAGAUUGUGUGCUUGGGAUAUGAUUAUUGAUUAUAUGUUGCCAAUUUCCUUCUUUGCACUUGGGCCUCUGAUGGCCAAUUUUACUGGAUGAUCCUACCAACUGAUUAUUUUUGGCAGUGCUUGAAAGGUUCGAAGAGGCUGAGGGGCGUAAUCCUGGAGAAACUUCUACUGCAGACCUUCCUAUUGUCCUAAAGUUGCGGAAGGACCUUUGUGAGGCACAUUCACCAAGUGAAGCUCAGAUUCCUGAUUCUCUUCUAGAAAGAUUGUUGGCGAGUACAACAGAAUUCCCUCCUGUUUGUGCCAUAAUAGGGGGAAUUCUUGGACAGGAAGUUAUUAAAGCUAUAUCAGGCAAAGGAGAUCCCCUCAAGAAUUUUUUCUUCUUUGAUGCUGUGGAUGGGAAGGGCAUAAUAGAAGACAUAUCAAACACCAACACACAAAGCUAGGCAGAGUUGGUCUGGGAGGUUAUACUUCUUUGCUUUUUAACUCAUGAUUUUGAUUAUGAGAAAAGUUCACAGAAGUUUUGUUCCUUUUUCUAGAAUACUUAGAAAAAAAAUUGGAUUUUGUAGGUUAUUUUAGGAUGGGAUUCACAUUGUAUAAAUUGGAGUUCUUGACUUAUUACACUUGUACAAUGGGGGAUUCAGAUGUCCUGUGGUAUACUUUCUCUAAACAAAUUUUUAUUUGUUGGUUUUUUC